UUUCUAUUCAGUUGAUAUUUUCCAGUUCAACAGAACAGAAGUGCUAAGAAAAUUGGAUACAUUCAACAUCUCAAUUUAAUUGAACUUUAAAUUUUGAGAAAAGUACCUAAAAGUUACAGAUACGAUUUUAGUUGCCUCAAUUUAGGGCUUAAAACGCAAAAGAUACCUAUAUUUGUGUAUUUGCGAUAAACAAAUAAAAAAUAAACAAAAUGUCUCAAAAGCCUGUAUCGGUGUCUACCCGUAUUUCUCGUGCCUCGACGUCCACACCAGUGGGUGGACAGUCUGCACGUGGCGGAGCCACCAGUCCUGGCGCCACUAGUCCUACACGCACAACUCGAAUACAGGAGAAGGAAGAGUUACAGCAUUUAAAUGAUCGUCUCGCUUGUUAUAUUGAUCGUAUGCGUAAUCUGGAGAAUGACAACAACAGAUUAACGCAGGAGCUUCAAAUAGCCCAGGAUACAGUCAAUCGUGAAGUGUCAAAUAUUAAAGCGAUGUAUGAAAAGGAACUCUCAGCUGCACGCAAACUACUUGAUGAAACUGCCAAGGAGAAAGCCAAAUUGGAGAUUGAUAUCAAACGGUUAUGGGAGGAAAAUGAUGACCUUAAACAAAGGCUAGACAAAAAAACAAAGGAGUGCGCCAUCGCAGAGAACAGUGCGCGUGUAUAUGAAUCUCGUUAUAAUGAAGUUAACGGCAAGUACAACCAAGCAUUGGCUGAUCGCAAGAAAGCCGAUGAUCUGGCUAAAGAUCUUACGCUUGAAAAUGAACGCCUGCGCAAGAUGCUUGAAGAUCUACGCAAACAACUUGAAGCUGAGACGUUGGCUCGCGUCGAUUUGGAGAACCAGAACCAAAGUCUUCGUGAGGAACUUAGUUUCAAAGACCAGGUCCACAGCCGGGAACUCACUGAAACACGGUCACGGCGUCAAAUUGAAAUCAGUGAAAUCGACGGCCGCUUAUCCAAGCAAUACGAGGCUAAAUUACAACAAUCUCUACAAGAAUUGCGUGAUCAGUAUGAAACCCAAAUGCGUGCUAAUCGUGAAGAAAUUGAAUUGCUGUACGACAAUGAAAUCAAAAAUCUUCAAGCUGCCGCAAACCGAGCGGCCAACUCAUCGGCACAUGCCACUGAAGAGGUUCGCAUUAUGCGCACGAAAAUUGACGGACUUAACGCUAAAAUCCAAGAUCUAGAGAAUACCAAUGCCGGAUUGAAUACACGCAUACGUGAAUUAGAAAACCUCCUAGAUAGUGAACGCGCCCGUCAUAAUCAGUACAUAGCUUCUUUGGAAGCCGAACUUCAACGAAUGCGAAACGAAAUGGCACACCAACUUCAAGAAUAUCAAGAUUUGAUGGACAUCAAGGUCUCAUUAGAUCUCGAAAUUGCCGCUUAUGACAAACUAUUGUGCGGAGAAGAGCGCCGAUUGAAUAUUUCAUCACCCAACCGUCCUGGCACUAGCACCAAUGCCGACUCAGGGUAUUCGAAUGGCACUCAUUUAUCAGUUAGUUCUACCUCACGUUCUGGACGUGUAACCCCUAGCGGUCGCCGUUCUGCAACACCAGGUGGUGGCAACGCAAGUGCAGUCAAGCGCCGUCGUACCGUUAUUGAUGAGUCCGAAGAUCGCAAUUUAUCCGAAUUUUCCGUUAACUCCGCCGCUAAAGGGGAUUUGCAGAUUGUCGACGCAGAUAGCGAAGGACGAUACAUUAAGCUGCAUAACAAGGGCAACGAAGAAAUACAUUUAACCGGCUGGCAGCUAACUCGCAUUGCUGGCGACGAGGAAUUAGCUUUCAAAUUUUCACGUGGAGCAAGAAUAAACGCGGGCGCUACGGUUACCAUAUGGUCAGUCGAUGCAGGCGCUGUACAUGAUCCGCCCCAGAAUCUAGUAAUGAAGAAGAAAUGGCCAGUUGCUGAUUCAAUGCGCAGCGUUUUGGCGAAUGCCGACAAAGAGGAUGUUGCCAGCUACGACCGUGUUCGUUCAAACAUUUCCAGUCACGCAACAAGGCACCGUUCCACCGGCAGCGGUUUUACCCUCGGUUCAGGAGUCGGUUCAACUGGCGUAAGGAGCCUCUUCUCACUACUUUUUUAAACGUGCAUUAGGCGUUACAGAGAAUCAACUCAGCUAUACACAUAGUACAGUCAAGACUAGCACAGACAAAAGUUAAAUAAACUUUUAAAUUUCCUAUGUGCAUUUAAACAUAUCCGCAACUUUAAGCCAAGGACUUUAUACUCAGCACAAUAUAUCAGCAAUUUUCAACCAGUCAGUUGGUCAACAACCAAAGUGCGAGGCUUAUCGUAAAACUAUGAUAAACUCAGAGCUACUUGAGAGUGUUCUACACAAUAGUACAUAGAAAUCACAUGUCACCAGGAUACUUAAAAUUUGUAACUAUAUACAUUGUUACCAAAUGUAAUGUACAAAACUAAAUGUAAUUUAAAACUUUUAACUUACAUUAAAUAUGCAUUUAAAACGGUGAAAA